AUGCGUGGUGAACGGGUGUUCGAGUGGGCGGAAGAGCAGCAGAACGCGUUCGACUCGCUACGUCGGAACCUGACCAGUGACACAGUCCAGACUAUGUUCCGAAAGGAUGCUGCGCGUACCGAGCUCCAUACUGACGCCAGUGCGCUGGGCCUUGGGGCCAUGCUGUUGCAGUCGUCAGUGGAAGGUGACCCACUCAAGUUGGUGUACUGUGCUAGCCGAAAGACGAGUGAUGCCGAAACGCAGUACCACUCCAGUAAGCUGGAGUUGUUGUGCAUAGUAUGGGCAGUCAACAAGUUGAGGCAAUUUCUUUUGGGGAUAAAGUUUACGGUGUUCACCGAUUGCCAAGCUCUUACUUACUUAAACAGCAGUAAGAGUGCGAACGUUCAAGUGGCACGGUGGUAUGAUGCCCUGCAGGAGUAUGACAUCGAGGUGAAUUAUAGACCUGGAGUGCGUAUGACACAUGUAAACGCCUUGUCUAGAGCUCCAGUAGGACCCGAAGAGUCUCUUGACGAAGCCCUAAUGGAACGACAGACUGUGUGCGUGUUGAUAACGUUAGAAGAACGAGUGAUGAUGUGUCAAACGGCAGACAGUGAUGUGGCACAUAUCAAAAGGAUGGUCGAGCAGGGACCAAAAGAAGGAUUAGGGUUGUCCUACGUGGUGAAGGAUCAGUUAUUAUAUCGUCGGUUCCGGGACAAGCUGCAAUGCUGUUUGUCAUGCCAAAGUCAAUGA